AUGAAUAUUGGUAAGGAGAAACUCAGACCUACUAGAUCACCAUUGGUAGGAUUCACGGGAGAUAAGUUCUACCCUCUAGGAGCUGUCAUUCUUCCCAUCACUGCAGGAACUAGCCCGAAACAAGUUAUGGUCAUGGUAGACUUCCUGGCGGUGGAUUGCCCAUCUGCUUACAAUGUUAUCCUAGGAAGAACUACCUUAAACUCAAUGAGGGCAAUCACUUCGACUUAUCACCUCUUGAUGCGUUUCCCUACAGAGCAAGGCGUAAGCAAACUAAGAGGAGAUCUGACCACUGCCAAAGAAUGCUAUGUUGCGUCUCUGAGAGAAAAGAAGCAACAUAAUCAAGAUGUGUUCGCAUGGUCACAUGAAGACAUGUCUGGUAUUGAUCCAGCUACGAUCGAGCAUCGAUUAGACACGGAUCCCACAGUCAAACCUAUCAGGCAAAAACGAAGAACAUUUGCUACAGAGAGGAACAUGGCUAUAUCAAAAAAGGUGAAUAAGCUUCUGAAAGCUGAUUUCAUCCAAGAGGUUAAUUAUCCCGACUGGUUGGCUAAUGUUGUUUUGGUAAAAAGGCCAAUGGAAAAUGGAGGAUAUAACCAAAUCUUAAUGCAUCCACCAGAUAGAGAAAAGACCUCUUUUGUCAUGGACAGAGGUUUGUAUUGCUACAAGGUGAUGCCUUUUAGGCUCAAAAAUGCUGGUGCAACAUACCAGCGGUUAGUCAACUUGAUGUUCAAGAAUCAAAUCGAAAGGAAUACAGAGGUAUAUGUGGAUGACAUGCUGGAGAGGGAUAGAGCCAACCCCGAGAAAAUCCAGGCAAUUCUCAACAUGCGGUCUCCAGCAUCGACUAAGGAACUUCAAAGAUUAACAAGAAGAAUCGCCGCUCUGAACAGGUUGAUUUCCAGGGCAACGGAUAGAUGCCUGCCUUUCUUUCGUGUGCUCAGGAAAGCUUUUUCAUGGACACCUGAGUGUGAGCAAGCUUUUACAGAGCUGAAAGAGUAUCUCACUUCACCACCGUUACUAUCAUGGGCAAUGCAAGGAGACCAGUUGUAUUUGUACUUAGCGGUUUCUCCAUCGGCAGUAAGUUCAGCCUUAGUCCACGAAGAAGAUGGAAUUCGGAGGCCAGUAUAUUAUACUAGCCGUGUAUUCAGAGGAGCAGAAGAGAGGCAGGUCCUCCGCAAACCUGAUACUUCGGGGCAACUUAUAAAGUGGUCGAUAGAACUUGGAGAGUUUGAUAUCCAAUACAAACCCCGAACGGCCUUAAAAGCCAAGCACCUGCCAGAUGUUAUAGUGGAAUUCACACCAAAAGAGGGGCAUGAGCAUGGCGUAAAUGAGCAGGAAGAAACUGAGUCUACUUGGACAUUAUACAUGGAUGGGACGGUCAACGCCUGUGCAAGUGGGGCAGGGCUAGUAAUUGUUUCCCCGAAUGGGGAAUGCAUCAAAUAUGUACUCAGGUUUGGAUUUAAGGCAACCAACAAUGAGGCAGAAUAUGAAGCCCUCCUAGCAGGCCUCAGGAUAGCUAAAGCUCUGGAAGUUGAGCGACUACUAGCGUAUACCGAUUCUCAAGUAAUAACUGGACAAGUCCAGGGGGAAUAUGAAGCCAAGGAUGAGAAGAUGAAGACCUAUCUACAUAAGAUAGAAGAUAUCAAGGGCUUUUUUAAGAAGUUCUCUAUUCACUGGAUCCCCCGAGAAGAUAAUAAGCUGGCAGAUGCCCUAGCUCCACUGGCAACCGCAGAGGAAGAUAAAGCCAUACCUGUGGGAUAUUUGGAUGAGCCUAGCACAGUUUGGGAUUGGCCACAGAAAAUACACCAGGUGAUCCCAGGUAUGGAGUGGGCAGAACCCAUUAUCAGGUACAUAGAGAACGAAGAGCUACCCCAGGAUCGCAUGGAAGCACGAAAGAUCAGGAUGCGUGCAGCAAAAUAUUGCCUCAUUGAAGGGGUUCUCUACUAG